UUGGCAGUUGUAAUCGAUAGCCCGUUCAGAUAUUCAGUUCUCGAUCAACACCUCCCGCUGAAAGUCACCACUACGCCGUCUUCACCUGAUCAUGAAGAUGACGGGCCGCAGUUCAUGUAUCUUGAAGCUCCUCCUACCGACUGUUACUGUGAUGAAUCAUGCACCGUACUGGGUGACUGCUGUUCGGACUACACCUACGAAGAGACUGUCGAGUGUCAGAAUGGGCUGAAUGGGAGCCAUGUGUACCGGAUGAAGGUAGCUGUGGCACGGUGUAGAGCAGGGCGAGUUGAUCCUCCUGCAAGAGGCGGAAAAGAGUGUCCAGCGCUCAAGGAGAUGCGUACUUGCUUCAAACAAUGCGCACAGAGACGUUCACUCGACGAUAUAACAACGGUUGCGCUACUCAUCGAUUAUCGAUACAACGAUACUCGAUCAAAAAUGGCACGAGACAAUAUCUACUGGGAUAUUCCCUCAGUACGCGAAAAGCUCCAGAAAGCUACAUACUACUGUGUGAAGUACCGCAUCGGUUGGGUGAACAGGAAUUGCUGGCACAAACAGAUCAAAACACGAUUAUAC